AGGCAUUUUCAGCUGGAUGUAUUGGCUGAUAAGGAGCUGGAUAUAAGUGAAUUUGAAGCAGCCAAACGAAGUUUAGUUUGUGACCUAAUGGAAUCUCUAGAGACGGUGAAACGAGCUGCUGAUCAAACUCUACUCGCACAAUUCAGACAAAUCCCGGCAGAUUACACUAGAGAGCUAUGUGAACAAAUCUGGAGUGCAUCCGUGGAAGAGGUGCUCGAGAAAGGAUCAGCACCUUUGCGUAAUCUGUUUGAUGAUGCGAAAUGCACACGUUCAAUCUGCGUGCAUCCGUCAAAAGUUGACGAUGUCAAAGGGCAUUUCCCAAAUAUUCAAUGCGUUCCCAUUGAACAACUUGCCAUCGAUCCUUCACUGAAGCAGUUUUAA